AUGGAGGAAAUCGUGGUUGUUGACAACCCCAAACCGUGGGUUUGGUCCGAAAUUGCGGAGAGGGUAAGAUUUGAUAUUAUUAUAUUGCUUUUAACACUUUUUUCCUUAGAAUGGGCGAAAUAAAAUAUAUAUAUAUAUAUAAACCAUUGAAAGUUAGGAUCCAAGAGGACAAAAUGGAGCUAAAAAAAUCUAAAAUUCCAUAAGACAGGCCUCAAAAUUGAAUGAAAACCAAUUUGAUUUUGCGGUGACACAAUUUGUUUUCUCAGCGGCGGUCAGAUUUUCAAUGCGACAGAAUGCUCAUUAUUUUCCGGACAGACUGAUAUUUUCUAUAAACUACGGCAAUUUUGGCCAAAUUGUUGCUAUGGCAUCUUCACUAUCGUAUCGCGAAAUAUUCCGAUAUCGCACAUGGACAUUUAUCACAAAUUUUUUUUCAAGCGUCCCAACUCUGAUCCAAUACCUCUGACAAGGAACUUGAAUCUAUAAUAAUAUCAGUCUGUCGGAAAAAUAACGAGCCCGUUUUCCUGCGCUGAUUGCAUCGCUGAAUUGAAAAGCAAUUUGAUUUUGUCACGACGCAAUUCGUUUUCUCAGCUACGACAGAGUGCUCAUUAUUUUCCCGACCGACUGCUUAUGCAUGUAGUAUAAAAUAAGGCAACUUCCAGGUGGCCGAAACCGAGGGAUGGGCUGUAUCCGACAACGACUACAACUGUUGGCGCAGCGCGUUCGGUGACGACUUUAUUUUGAGGGUCUUUUUGACAAAAGGUAAGUGCUGACACGGCGAUUUGGUUUCCAAAGAAAUAUCUAUCACAUACACAACGCAAUAAAAAGAAAUGUUCAGAUGACAAAUUCAUCUGUUCCUUGGCAAUUGCCACUUAUCCUUCAGCUGAUCCUGAAGGGUCUCCGCUAACUACUGUUGGUAUGUUCUACACUGCUCCCGAGUUCCGAGGGAAUGAUUUUGGAACUCAAAUGUUUUUCGAUCUGGUGGAGCGAGAAGAACAUAAUGGCCAUAACAAAGGGCUGAUUGGAGGUGAGUUUUAGGUUUUGCUGUAUCUUAUUUUUACUCGCAAUAUUUCUCGAAACACCCUGUAUAGCAGAGUUUCUUUACAUAGACGUAUUUUACCUAUCUUUGCAGUCGAAGCAAUGGCCUCGAAAUACGCAGCUCGCCAUGGCUUCGAUAAAGAAUCCGGCUUUGUUUGGGACUGCUACAUCAACGAUGGCACUGAUUUCAAGCCGGAAAACUUGGAAAGGCAUCCUGAUAUUGUAAUAAAAAGAGCCUUGGACACGGAUUUUGAGAAGUUGGUCGCAUACGACCAAACAAUUGCCGGUAAAAUCGACCGAAGGAAAUAUUUGAACAGUGGAAUUCGAGUGCUUCAAAGUUACUCAUUGGUGAGUAAAAAUUGUUUUUGAAUUACUGAGAUUGAUAAAUUUGGGUAUUUUUGCCAAUAAUUUUUAGGCUUUUGAGAAAAAAAGUUUUCGUUGUGGGACCCAUAACCUUAAUUUUAUUGGCUAAAAAGUUGAAAUAAAGCAGUCAAAAAUAAAAAAUAGAAAUUUUUUCUUUCGUAUUUUGCAAAAUAGUUUAUAAAUUUAUAGUUUUUGCAGAGACCCAGGUUUUCGUGUCGGGACCCAAAACCAAUUUUUUUUGUGGCCAAAACGUAAAAACAAAGGGUUAAAUUGACCAGAAAUGAUUCAAGCAAUUCGUAUUUUACAACUUCAACCGCGAUUUACUGAUUUUUGGCAAUUUUUAGUCUUUUGAAAAAAAAAAGUUUUUGUUGCGGGACCCAUAAUCUUAAUUUUAUUGACUAAAAAUUUUAAAUAAAGCAGUCAAAAAUAAAAAAUAGAAAUUUCUUCUUUCGUAUUUUACAAAAUAGUUUAUAAAUUUCUAGUUUUUGAAGUGAACCAGGUUUUCGUGGCGGGACACAAAACCUUAAUUUUUUGGCCAAAACGUAGAAACAAAGGGUUAAAUUGACCAGAAAUUAUUCGAGCAAUUCGUAUUUUACAACUUCAACCGCGAUUUACUUAUUUUAUAGAAAAGCGAGUUUUCGUUUCGGGACCCAACGUCAUAAUUUUUUUUUUUUUUGAUAUUUCAAUGAAGUCUUUGUUAUAAAGAAGGUCCCAUUUUUCCCAUUAUCUUAAUGUAAAAUAUGACGUCAUCAACCAAAUUUUGACAAUUUCAGGCAGCUCUAAACCCCGCUGGAGAAGUUAUUGGCCUUCUGAGAGGUCGAAUCUGCGCUCAAUAUCAACUUUAUAUUGGGCCUCUUUAUGCUGACAGCCCUGUAGGUCAAAAAAAGGCUCGAUUACUACAAAAAACUCUCAAUAAUUUGUGAUUUCAGGAGAUUGCAGAAUCUUUAUUACACGAGAUAUUUGUGAAUACCCCAAGAAAACCGAAUUUGUUCACCAAAAUUGUGAUCGCAGCGCCUUCAACUAACCUCGAAUUUGUGAAAUUAUGGUCGAAAUUUUGUGGCAGAGAGGCCAAGAAAGCCGGCUCAAUGCAUUCGCAGUUUACUAAGGAGGUUUUGCAGGUGAAUUUUGAGAUUUUUUGGAUUUUUUUGAUUUUUUAGCUGCGAAAAUCGAUUUUUUACUUAUAAAUUGUCGUUUAGGUCCCAACGGAACGAGUUUUUGGGAUUUUCGACUACUGCAUGAGCUAUGUUUGA